AUGGAUCAAGAUAAUGAGCCCACGUCUGAUUACGAGGGCUCCAUCGCCGCAUCAGAGUUUACUACAGCCAGAACAAGCCAUCUACGCUAUUGGUUCGAGAGUGGAAGGCGCUAUCAGGGCCUCUUCCUCGACCGCUACGGCCUACCCAACGACGAUAUUGAGCAGAUGCGAGAGGGAAUCAAGCACACCCUCUACCUAGACUACCUCCAUGACGGGAAGCUUCUACUCGCCCCUAUAGGGGAUCACCCGCAAAAGAUUGUCGACCUCGGCACGGGAUUUGGCUUUUGGGUGCAAGAUGUGGCCGAGCGAUACGAGAGUGCCCGUGUCAUAGGGACCGACAUAUCACCCAUACAGCCGAAGUGGGCGCCUCCUAACUGCGAAUUUCACGUAGAGGAUCUCGAGGACGAGGAGCGUCCAUGGACGACGAUUUAUUCCGGUGCAGAUCUAAUCCACAUCCGAAGCGUUAUACCGAUUUUGCGGGAUCCGCAGAGGUUGAUACACAGAUCAUUCGAAAACCUCCGAUCAGGCGGAUGGAUAGAGUGCCACGAAAUCGUCACUGAGCUCAGGUCUGACGACGGAACGGUGACCGCCGACCACCCCCUCAACGCCAUGUACCGACAGCUCAAGAACGGGCCCUUUUCGGCGCGGUACGGCUGGAGUCUGGAGGCCAGCGGGCGCAUUCCCGAGAUGAUGGAAGCGGCAGGGUUCGUCAACAUCAAGGUACAGCACAACAAGGUGCCGCUGGGCCGGUGGGGGGCGGACACGCGGGCGCGGGAGAUGGGCCUGUUCUGCCGGACAAUAUGCGAGGACCUGCUCGUGGCCCUGACGAGCAGGCACGCCGCCAUGGGGCUGAGCGAGGAGGAGGCGACGCAGCUCACGUGCGACUUUUACCAGACGAGCAACGACACGUCCAUACAUGGGUGGAUGGACUGGAUUGACGUGUGGGCGCAGAAGCCAUAG